AUGGGCAAGGACAAGGACCCAGACUCUGACGGACGCAUCCCCACAGACGACGACCCCAGUGAGCCUCCCCCCCCCCCCAACACCCAACCCCCAAAUCCCAUCGUCCCUCUCCAACUCGGGAGGCUGGCUCCACCCCUGUUGCCCGACAGUAGCCAGGUCGAGUGA